AUGAUGCUUCUCGUCUCGGCCGUCGUCGUUGGCUACAUGCUCCGAGCACCCACGUGCUUUCAAGGCAGCAACCUCUUGAAGCUCAACCGCGUCGGUGGUCUUGUCUGGGUCGGCCGGCCGCUGCUCUUUCUCCGGAGCGCGACGGCCAUCUGCCUUCUCUGCACGAGUGGCGUCGACCUGCGCUUCUCGGGCUACCUCAGCUUCUUUCAAGUCGAUCCCGCGCCGUGGUACAAGGUGCUUCUCGCGGCGUGGGAGGUCUCGUGGUUCGUCGCGGUCGUCGACGACAUUUUGCUUGUCGCGACGCAAGACUUACGGAGCUAGGGACUUUGUUCGAAUAUCGAAAAGGACGCUUCAGAGAGUCGCGG